UGCAGGAUCUUUCCAAUAAUCUUCUAUUAAAGUUGUUUUUAAUAAAAUUACACAGCGAGCUGAGAGACUAAUAAUGGUUGUAAGGCUGUUUAAUGGUAAAACUAAAACUAAUGUUGACCGAGGUGGCAGUAGUUGCAAAACAGCAAGAUUCACUGAGUAAGGGAGUGUCUUGUUUUGCAACUGUGGUUAUGUAAUGCCUGUGCCAAAGAGGGGUUCCUGAACGCAGCAUUCAGCCCAGCCUUCAACCCUCUCCUGAGGCCAUAAUAAAUUAUGAGGCCACGCCCACCAGCCCAGCCUGCAAAAAGGCUGUCGUCGUUGCGAAGCUGCACACUUUGAGCUUUUCUCAAGAGAGGAGAAGCGCAGCAGCAGCGGCAGCAGCUCUUGAGAGCGACACCAGACAAUUUAAACCUCCUCCCCGAACAAGAAAAGAGACUUUUACGGAACCGAUUCUCAGGUCGAAACCCAGCUUCGAACCCGCGGAGAUGAUUUUCAACAAGUUGAGAAAGUUCCUCGUUGUUUUCGACUCCCCGGAGUUGGACUGUCCCCCGGUGUUCAGCAGCGGGGACGUGGUGUCCGGCCGGGUGGUGCUGGAGCUGUUCGGCGAGACCAAGGUGGACUCGCUGAAGCUGCACGCCGAGGGGUUCGCCAAAGUGCACUGGACCGAGUCCCGGUCGGCCGGCUCCAGCACGGCGUACACCCAGAACUACAGCGACGAGGUGGAGUACCUGAACAGGAGAGAGGUGCUGCUGCAGGCAGACAAUGGUGAGGCGACAGUCCUUCCUGCUGGCAGACACGAGUUCCCGUUCAGCUUCCAGCUUCCAGAGGAGACGCUCGUCACCUCCUUCGAGGGGAAGCAUGGCAGCAUCCGCUACUGGGUCAAAGUUAAGCUGCACAGGCCGUGGUGUCCCGUCAGGAAAAUCAAGAAGGAGUUUACCGUCAUCGAGCCCAUCGACAUCAACACGCCAAGCCUGCUGGCUCCACAGGCGGGGACAAAGGACAAGUUGGCCAGGACGUGGUACCGCAACUUUGGACAGGUGUCUGUAACGGCAAAAAUUGACCGCAAAGGCUACACCCCAGGUGAGGUCAUACCCGUAUUUGCGGAGUUCGACAACGCCACCUCCAGGUCAAUCGUGCCCAAAGCCUUCCUCACUCAGACUCAGACCUUCAUCGCCCGCGGCACCAUGAAGCAGAAGCGCUCGGUGGUUGCCACGCUGUGCGGCGACAUCGUGAGCGCCAAGACCAGAGAGACCUGGCACGGUCGGGCCAUCAAGAUCCCACCAGUGGGUCCGUCCAUCCAGCAGUGCCGCAUCAUCAAAGUGGAGUACAUGCUGAAGGUUUGUGUCGACGUUCCGGGGACGUCCAAGCUGUGCUUGGAGCUGCCUCUAGUCAUUGGCACCAUCCCGCUCCAUCCCUUCGGCAGCCGGACGUCCAGCAUCAGCAGCAAUUACAGCGUCAACCUGGAGUGGCUGCGUAUGGCCAUCCCGGAGCAGCCUGAGCCUCCUCCUGAAUACAGCUCUGUGGUGACGGAGGAGGAGGCAGAGCAGCAAAACAACGCGGCGGUCCAGCAGCCGGCUGAAGACCUGAGCGGGAUCAUGGAGCGACCCCUCAUGGCUUUUGUCCAAGAGUUUCGCUUCCGACCUCCACCAGUUUACUGUGAGAUCGACCCCAACCCCCAGCCCCUCAACAUCAGACCUCGCUGCAUGACAUGUUGAACCAAGAGCCCACGCCUGAGCGACGAGAUGCGUUACGAGUCAAACGAAUCAAGAGAUUUGUUUUGGUCUGGAUUUAUUCCUCAUUGCUGAACGAGCACCUGGUCCCCGCCUCGGUUGUGGAGAUGGACAAGGAGUGCCCGCGGAGAGGAGAAGGAGGCCACAGGAGCAGAAAGCUCGCAGAGAUGAGGUGGACUUUUUCCCGGUUCUUCUGAGCGAGGAAUCAGCGUCUCUGCAUCCGUUCCUGUCCUCCCGCAAGUGAUUUUUCUGUUUUUGGCUCUCGGAGAAGUGAGAGACGAAAUAGCCUCCCAAUCAACGAUUCCCUUUCUUUUUGUGAGAGUUUGGGACAUAUUGGGGGGGUGGUUAGGAUCACUUGAUAUUUUUCAGGCAAAGUCUUGGGCUGAGCGCCUUUGAUAAGCUGACAUGCUGUGAAGCAAAUUGUCAUCUUUGAACGGCGUAAAGAGAAAAAGUCCAAUUAUCAUCGGCAGUGCUUAACUUUGCCUGGCUGCAGGGUAGACGUUGUAUACCUACAUUUCUAUGCCUUGUUACUCUACAGCUGCGUACUGUUACGUGAUGUAGCUAAAGGUGCGACGACUGAGCAGAGAAGUCGAAUUAGGAGAUCUAGAUAUUCUUCAUGCAUGCAGGUAAAGAUAUGCUAAAGGGAACCGACGUAUGCCUUAAUAAUCUGUGGUUGAGAGAUUGCAUGAGAGCUUUUAAGGACAUUCUCCUCUCAGAGCUGGAUUAUAGCCGAAUGUAAACUGAGAACAAAAAAAAAAAAAGUUUGAA